CUCCAUCCAGCUGCCACCUGCGAUCGCUUCAUCUCUCUCUCUCUUCAUCGCCGCGCCUUCGCACCUUCUCUCCCUGACGCUUCAUAGAACCAUAUUUCCACCUCCCGGCUCUGCAGCAGGGUGGACGUCUCCCCAAUUCUCUUCUGGGGAGUGUGAGCCCUUGCCGACCGGGAGCCAAAAGAGAGCCCAGCCCUCAGCCCAAAGGUGCUUCCAUGGCGCCCGUCCUGCUCUUCCUAGGUGUCGUCUUGGCGGCCGAAUUGGCGAAGGGAGUUGAACGUUCAGCUCCCACUGUUAUUACAUGUUUUACAAGAGGAUAUGAUCUUAGAAAGGAUCCAGCAGAUGUUAUCUGUCCAGCAAAUUGUCAUAUAUGGCAGUUCUACGUCUAUGGAAACAUUGAGUAUGCCUCUGAAUCAAGUAUCUGUGGAGCUGCUAUUCACAGAGGUGUGAUCACCAGUUCAGGUGGGACUGUAAGAGUGAAGAUGUUACCAGGGCGUGAGAACUAUUCUGCAAUAUAUGCCAAUGGAAUCCAAUCCCAACUCUUCUCUAAGUCAAGAUCAUCAUUUUCAGUAGCUAAUGUUAAAGGUGAAGCCCUUGAAGCAGCUGGGCAUCCUAUUUCAACAGCACGGCCAUUUGCAGGGAAACGAUCUAAAAAACCUGUUGUGAAAAAGUCUGGAAACAAAGAUUGUCAAGCUGAUAUUGCUUUCCUGAUUGAUGGAAGCUACAAUAUUGGGCAGCGUAGAUUUAAUUUGCAGAAAAACUUUAUUGGGAAGGUGGCAAUGACGCUAGGAAUCGGAACUGAAGGCCCACAUGUGGGAGUAGUACAAGCCAGUGAUUAUCCCAAAACUGAAUUUUAUCUGAACAACUACACUGCUUCAAAAGAUGUUUUAUUUGCAAUAAAAGAAAUAGCUUUCCAAGGAGGCAAUUCCAAUACAGGAAGAGCUUUGAAACACUCAGCACAAAGAUUUUUUUCUAUCGAAAAAGGGGUACGCAAAGGCAUCCCUAAAAUCAUUGUAGUUUUCUUAGAUGGCUGGCCAUCAGAUAAUUUGGAGGAAGCUGGUAUAUUGGCUAGAGAAUUUGGUGUUAAUGUAUUCUUUGUAUCAAUUGCAAAGCCUACAUCUGAAGAACUGGGGAUGGUUGAAGAACUAAAUUUUAUUGAAAAGGCAGUCUGUCAAAAUAAUGGAUUCUUUUCCUAUAACAUUCCUACUUGGUUUGGUACCACAAAACACGUGAAACCUCUUGUUCAAAAACUCUGUGCACAUGAACAAAUGUUAUGCAGCAAGACUUGCUAUAAUUCCGUCAACAUAGCAUUCCUCAUAGAUGGCUCUAGCAGUAUUGGUGACAACAAUUUCAACCUCAUGCUUAGAUUUAUUAGUAAUGUUGUCAAAUCAUUUGACAUCACAGAUAUCGGUGCCAAAAUUGCAGUUAUUCAGUUCACUUAUUCUCAGCGCAUAGAAUUCAGCUUUACAGACUACAAAACAAAGGAAAAGGUUCUUUCAGGUGUUCAAGCAAUCCGCUAUAUGAGUGGUGGUACUGCUACAGGAGAAGCUAUUACCUAUGUAACCAAAAACGUGUUUGCACCUGUGAAAGAUGGAGCCAACAAAAAUUUUCUGGUACUUUUGACUGAUGGCCAGUCUUACGAUGACAUCCGAGGGCCUGCAACUACUGCUCAUAAAGCAGGUAUCAACAUAUUCUCUGUCGGCAUUGCUUGGGCUCCACUAGAGGAUUUAAGAGAUAUGGCAUCUGAACCUAAGGAAACACAUACUUUCUUCACAAAAGAAUUUACUGGACUGGAGCAGAUCGUGCCUAAUAUUGUAAGAGCUAUUUGCAGAGAUUUUUUGGGCUUCAAACAGUGAAGACAAAAACACUGAAGGGGUUUGACUCUAAGUACAUCUGCAAAGCUAAAAUCUCUAGAGUGUAAGAUGUUCUGUUAUUCUAGCACACAAAGUUACUUGGUGGUGAACUGGCUUACAAAGGGCUUAUUAUUGCACUGUCUUUAGGCAAAACUUCAAUUAAAAUUUGUGUAUUUUUUCUGAAUAGAGAACCUGGCCAAAAGUACUAUUUGAUACUAUUUUUAAUAUUUCUGUUAACUUUUCAAAGGCAGCCAACUUAUCUAAUAUUCAUUUUAUGUACAAAAAAAAAAAAACCUGCAGCUGCUCCUGGCACUGUGUUACUCACUAAACCUCUUGCAAAUUAAGGUAGAAAUAUCCAAUGUACUCUAUUAAAUAUGAAUCUUUUUGCUCUG